AUGUCGACAAGCUCCGACAAGAGCAACUACAUGUGGAGUGACUCGAUCUUUGCACUUGGUUCGCGCGUUACGGCCACUGUGCCCAUUAGUGAAUCCGUCCCGGGAUUAUCAUACAAGAUGAUCAUCAAGAAGCUACAGGUUGCACUGUCGGUCGCGCCCAAGGGAAAUGUGUCCUACGUUCGGCCGGGCGACGAGAUCUCAUUACGGGCGCACACCGCUCCCUCGGCGCUGGUAACUUUUCUGGGGAACGUCGAUAACAGUCUGGGGAAAUCCAGCGACGAUAUAACUGGCACCAGUACCUUGCGAACUACCGCCAAAACGGAUCCCGUGUUCUUGCUGUCGGCGGGGGACUAUUUCUUCUACCCCGCGAAUGACGCUCGGGCACAACACUUUAUCCUCACCAACACCAAGCUGGAACCAUCUAUUUUGGCCUACAGGACCUAUAAGGACAGGACGAUGAAUACUGGGAAAGCACCAUUGAGCAUCGUACCAGCGAUAGAGGGUCUACUCAUCUACCCGAUCCAAUCCGCAAAGAUUCGCGACAAAGUGUCUUUUUUGGCACCGUUCGGGCAGACCGAAAUGGUGAUGUCCAACUGAAAGGCAGACUGCCGGAUGCAAUGGCAACAUGGCAAAUUUCGCCAUCAGCCUCAGUGAUAACAGCGGAUUAACUGUCUCCACCACACCGCUCCUGGUGGAAGCGUUUCAACCGCUGCGAGUGUCAGUACUGUUACCAUACAGUGUUAUCCGCUCCGAAAACCUCACUGCGAAGGUUUUGGUUAGCAACCGGAUACCGCAUCAGCAGAAUGUCACUGUCACCUUGUCGGGAGUACGUACGUACCGGUACGUAUAGUGCUUUU